UGUCGUCCUUGCUAUCAUUAUACACUUAUAUGGCAGCAACACACAAUGGAAUGAACUCUGAUGGUAGUUUUUACAUUUCCAUGAUCACAGAAAUAGUUGGAACCCAGUCACCUGAGUGUUGACACUCAUUCACCACUUUUACCACUAAAUUCAACACCAACACGAACAACUUUAGCGGGUUACAAAUUAACGAACCUCGGCUUUACAAGCCAUGAUAAUGUUUCCAACUUUCUGUCUUCUUGAUUUAAAUUAUAUAAUGGUGCAUGUGUUGUGUUUGGGAGGGGGUUUUAAGGUCAAAUGCCACGCAUGCAGCCUUCUUUAAACAGGGGGCGCGCUCCCGUCUAUUUAUGGCCACCGGGGCGCGCGCAGACAGUCACAUCCUGGGACAGAGGCAUCUAGAUUCAUUAAGCCCGGAAGACUGGAGAUCAGGCAGGUAUCACUGAGCUCUACAUGGUGCUAUUCAACUCGUUUUUUUGUUUAUAUAGCUCCAGCUACACUGGUAAACUUCAUAUGAAGGAAUAUUAUGGAUUUCAUGGGAAAGACACGAUGGAUGCUGCAGGAGCUAUAAAUGCCAUCGGUGUCGUAUACUUCCCUCACACUGGACCAUUUCUUUAAAUUGAUUUCAUAACAUUUGGAUAUUUCUUUGUGGGAGUAUUGAUUCUGCCGAUUUCUACCUGGCUGAUUCUCCUUGGAGGAGUGACCCGUUGUCCCGAGGGAGGGAUGGUUCCACCCCGGCUCUGUCAGUGCACCCUCGGCCCGUCCUGGAGCUUUCACAGCGGACCUCAGAGGAGAUGAGACCCGCGCUCUACCAGCUCCUCGCCAGCUGGCUCUGCCUUGUACGCGCCGCUGCUGAGGAGUCUCCUCUCCCCCGGGAGCUUUUAGAGCGACUCUCCCGCAGUGAGAUCCAGAGCAUCAGCGACCUCCAGCGGCUACUCGAGAUAGACACCGUAGAAAACGAAUUGAUCGAGGGGGCCAAACACAACUACGACCAAGUCUUUUCUCACGGCUUCCCCGACCUGAAGCGAGCGCACACACAUGGUCGCUACAAGAGGAGCACACUGGUGGAGGAGGCGUUGCCUGCAGGUUGCAAGGUGCGUACCACCAUCUACGAGAUCCCUCGCAGUCAGGUGGACCCCACCGCCGCCAACUUCAUCAUCUGGCCGACGUGCGUGGAGGUGAAGCGUUGCACGGGCUGCUGCAACACUAGCAACAUGAGGUGCCAUGCAGCCCGCAAGCACCACCGCAUCGUCAGGGUGGCAAAGGUGGAGUAUGUGCGGCGGCGGCCUAAGCUUAGGGAGGUGCAGGUGAGACUGGAGGACCACCUGGAGUGCGCCUGUACCAACAAACGCCAAAGCGGCCCAAACUCUGACACAGACAAUGGCAUCAGGUGAACACUGAUGGAAUGGAGCAGAACAGUUAAGACGGCAUUUAAACCACCCCCCAAUAAAACCAAGAACAAGGCAAGUGCAAAUGCACUUUUGGCUUUUUCUAGCAUCAUACUUGUGGAACCUUCAUUUUUGACCGACCCUUAAUGGAUAUUUUCAUCCUACUGGCAACAACACAAAGACAGACCAACAGGCUGCUAGCAUGCUAACUGUUAGCACGCCACCAUUCCUCAAUGGAGAAACCGUAAGAUGGUGGGACUCCUCCCUGGUUCUAUAAACCUCUCAGCGUCUUGGAUUAUAAACAAUGGAUCAAUCCUCUCUAAAGACUUGGAUUAGGAUUUUUUUUUAAAUACAUUUCCAACAUUUAUCUUGCACAGUAUACUCUUCUUUGUACAGUAUAACCUGUCAUUAUCUCAAAGGGGUGUUACAACAUCCUUGUGACAUGUAGCCAUUACUAAUAAACUAUUUAUACUGUA